GGUCGGUGUAGUUCGCUGCUGGCGCUGCGUCGCUCUCGGGUGCCGGGUUCUGCGUUUCCUGUCAGCUCCGGUGCGCCGGUGCAACUCCGGCCUCGGGCCCGAACGCCACACCAUGGCUUCCGUUUUGGAGGAGUUGCAGAAGGACCUAGAAGAGGUCAAAGUGUUGCUGGAAAAGUGCACUAGGAAAAGAGUACAUGACGCUCUUACAAGUGAAAAGUCCAAGAUUGAGACAGAAAUAAAGAACAAGAUGCAGCAGAAAUCACAGAAGAAACCAGAACUUGACAGUGAAAAGCCAGCUGCUGUGGUUGCUCCUCUUACAACAGGAUACACUGAGAAAAUCAGGAAUUAUGGAUGGGAUCAAUCAGAUAAGUUUGUGAAAAUCUACAUUACCUUAACUGGAGUUCAUCAGGUUCCCACUGAGAAUGUGCAGGUACACUUCACAGAAAGGUCAUUUGAUCUUUUGGUAAAAAAUCUCAGUGGCAAGAAUUACUCUAUGAUUGUGAAUAAUCUUUUGAAACCCAUCUCCGUGGAAAGCAGUUCCAAAAAAGUCAAGACUGAUACAGUUAUCAUCUUAUGUAGAAAGAAAGCAGAAAACACACGAUGGGACUACUUAAUUCAGGUGGAAAAAGAAUGCAAAGAGAAAGAAAAGCCUUCCUACGAUGCUGAAACAGACCCUAGUGAGGGAUUAAUGAACGUUCUAAAGAAAAUUUAUGAAGAUGGAGAUGAUGACAUGAAGCGAACCAUUAAUAAAGCAUGGGUGCAAUCUAGAGAGAAGCAAGCCAGAGAAGACACAGAAUUUUGA